CCAGCUGUAGCCUGGGAUUAAUUAAGUGCUGCGAAGUCAGUGCCUGAGAGAGACGGGGAAAAAAAUGCUUUCUCUCUCUAAGGAAGGAGGACAGGAACCGUUCUCAGCAGUGAGAAACCUUGGGAAGUGAGUCGCCCUCAUUGUCAGUGUUUGUGGAGGGACUAGAGGGACAGGGGGGCUGUGCCAGGCUGGAGGAGGCUUGCCUUUCGGAAGCUGGAGAGGAUUUUCCAAGGGUUCGCCUUCCCCUGCCUGGGAAGAAUUUCCCCUCUGGUAACAGCAGCCGCGGCGGCGGCGGCGGCAGCAGCAGCAGCCCGACCUCCUCUUCUGGGGACCAGGGCAGAAUGCCUGUGCUUGAGCGUUAUUUCCACUCGGCAGAGCUGGGCAGAAGGUGGACGGCCCCAGAAGGUGUGCUGCCCUCCUCCCUGGGCAGCCGGCUGGGGUGCCAGCAGGGGCCGCUGCCCUGGGACUUGCCAGAGAUGAUCAGGAUGGUAAAGCUGGUUUGGAAAUCCAAAAGUGAGCUGCAGGCGACCAAACAGAGAGGCAUUCUGGAGAACGAAGAUGCUCUCCACAGCUUUCCAGGAGAUGUACGACUGAGGGGUCAGACGGGGGUUCCUGCUGAACGCCGCGGCUCCUACCCAUUCAUCGACUUCCGCCUCCUCAACAAUACAACACACUCAGGGGAAAUUGGCACCAAGAAAAAGGUGAAAAGACUGUUAAGCUUUCAAAGAUACUUUCAUGCAUCGAGGUUGCUUCGUGGAAUUAUACCACAAGCCCCUCUCCACCUGCUGGAUGAAGACUACCUUGGACAAGCAAGGCAUAUGCUCUCCAAAGUGGGAAUGUGGGAUUUUGACAUUUUCUUGUUUGAUCGCUUGACAAAUGGAAACAGCCUGGUAACACUGCUUUGCCACCUCUUCAACACCCAUGGACUCAUUCAGCAUUUCCAGUUAGAUAUGGUGACCUUACACAGGUUUUUAGUCAUGGUUCAAGAAGAUUACCACAGCCAAAACCCGUACCACAAUGCUGUUCACGCGGCCGACGUCACCCAGGCCAUGCACUGCUACCUAAAGGAGCCAAAGCUCGCCAGCUUCCUCACGCCUCUGGACAUCAUGCUUGGACUACUGGCUGCAGCAGCCCACGAUGUUGACCACCCAGGGGUGAACCAGCCAUUUUUGAUCAAAACGAACCAUCACCUCGCCAACCUAUAUCAGAAUAUGUCUGUGCUGGAGAAUCACCACUGGCGAUCUACGAUCGGCAUGCUUCGAGAAUCAAGGCUUCUGGCUCACUUGCCAAAGGAAAUGACACAGGAUAUUGAACAGCAACUGGGCUCCUUGAUCUUGGCAACAGACAUCAACAGGCAGAAUGAAUUUUUGACCAGAUUGAAAGCUCACCUCCACAAUAAAGACUUAAGACUGGAGGAUGUUCACGACAGACAUUUUAUGCUUCAGAUUGCCUUGAAGUGUGCUGACAUUUGCAAUCCUUGUAGAAUCUGGGAGAUGAGCAAGCAGUGGAGUGAAAGGGUCUGUGAAGAAUUCUACAGGCAAGGUGACCUUGAACAGAAAUUUGAACUGGAAAUCAGUCCUCUUUGCAAUCAACAGAAAGAUUCAAUCCCUAGUAUACAAAUUGGUUUCAUGACCUACAUCGUGGAGCCCCUCUUCCGGGAAUGGGCCCGUUUCACAGGACACAGUGCCCUGUCUGAGAGCAUGCUAAGCCACCUCGCGCACAACAAAGCCCAGUGGAAGAGCCUGUUGCCCAAGCAGCACAGAAGCAGCGGCAGCGGCGGCGGUGGCGGCGGUGGCAGCCCAGACCGCACGGGCCCAGGGACUGAGGACAAGGAGCAGACUGUGACCGAAGGCGACGCCCCGUAGUGCCAGCCAGGCCUGCCCCCUGCUCUGCACACUGAGAAUGACAGCCCCCUUGCGCAGAGGCCUCUGGGAGGGCAGAUGCUCUGAGGGGCUCUUGCCAGUAAAGCCAGCCCCUCUCUGGGUGUUGUCCUGGGGCUCCUUGGAACGCCACCCUCCUCCCACUCACCUGCCUCCCUCCUUUUUCCAAGUGUACAGAAGCCAUCCAUCACCUCAGCAUUAGCUGCCGAAAUGAGCAAUUCCAUUCUGCGACGAGGGAGCUGAUUCCAGGGGCCGGCUUGGCCCUCGAGGUGAAGACUGGAGAGUAAGAAAGAGAUGCUCCUGCCGUGGGCCCCUCAGGUCCUGGAUCGCACUGUGACAGGCAGCAUUUUCUAAGUCCAGAGCAUUUUAGCGUUGGCCAUCAGACUGCUGAUCUGCAUGACAAAAACACCAGCAUAUUUGGAACUCCAAGGAUAUUGGUCUUAAGUGCAAGAGCACAAAUGAGAGCUUGAGAGAAAGUACCUUCUAUUUUAAUAAUAAUUAUUAUUAUAAAAAUAAUAAUAAAUCUUUUUAACUUUUCUAUUUUAUGCACUAGACAACGGAUCUAAAACUUUGGACAAAGAUUACUCAUUGUACCCAAACUCGAACAGGGGGUUCAUUGUUUUGUUACAGACUUUAUGCCACUUUGGGUCAGAGAUUUGGCAUCUUCUCAAUUUAAGAAACCACGUUUCCUAUCCGAUCCGAGGGGAGGGUGCUGUACAGUUCAUUCCUUUGCACCAUUAGCCAAUCUGUCUUUUAUCGAUAACUCAGAUUCAGUGACAUGUUUAUAUUCACACCUGUACAUUUUCUGUAAAUAUCAAGCGCUACUGAUUCCCAUGCCAAAAUACAUGAGUAUUAUGGGAUUGCUACCUGUAUAAACAAUGGCACUGUGAACAGAAUACUGUUAGUUUUAAUACGAGAGAAUGCAUUUGUAAAUAUGGUAUAGAGUUUAUUAAUAUACUAUCGUUUGCAGAUAAAGGCCUUAACUUUAAACAUCUUUCAUCUUCUGAAAGCUGCCCAACUUAAAUCCUCACAGAUAUCCUUCUGAACUGCCUUCCCAUGUCCAUCCUUAUGCUUUCCAGCUAAGGUCACAAACAAAACUGAAUAAAGUCUUUGAGGAAAUAUUUUGGAAACUUCACAUGCAUUCCGCUUGAGACCAUAGGGUUUAAUCUAUGGCACUAAGCAUCGUUUCCUCAGAUGAGCAAGACCCUUCAGCAAGCCUGAAGUCACUUUCAGCACAGCGAUGUGGCACUCUUGUUCUAACAAGCCAGCUGAUAAGCUCGUGUUUAUACGACUCUUGUCAUGGACAUGGCGGUGUGUCAGCCUCGCGGGACACAUAGCAAGUCUCACAAACCUUCCACGACCCCGUCAUCUAUCCAUCAGGGACUUCCCUGCUCCCCUAGCACACUGUCGUCUAUUCUGGCUACAGUACCAAAGCACCUUUGGUUUAUGGUUGGCGUGCAUUUCUUUGGUGUUAAUGGUAACUGGAUUUUUCUUUUUCCUUCCUUUCAUGUGAACAACUACCCAUCUGUUCAGCAGACGUUAACAUAAUUUAAGGAAAGAAAAUAUUUCAGUUGUCUGAUAGAAUUUACCUUCCUGGCAGGGUAUUGUGGUUAACUGUGGCUCUAGCUAGCAGAGUCACCUUGGAAUUUUGUUGCCAAUUUUUCUGCAGACACUUGGCGGGAAAAAUCAAUUUGUUACAGCAUUCUUCUCUAGUCAGCUAAACUCUGUGCAUUGAACCGUUUCUUUAGAAGUUCUAGCAUAACUAAUGUUAGAUGAAAAUUGGCAAUGCCCCCUUUCUUUUUACCUUAAACAGUGUGGUAGUGGGAGAAUGAUAAUAUGAUUGUUUCUGUCACUAUCUAGCUGUUUUACAAGCUGAUAGAACAUCCGCUAACUCUCAUUUCCUCAGUGCAACUCUUUUUUUUUUUCACUCCUAACAUACAAAUGAAAUGUUAGAAACUUGACUGGAUUGUAUUAAGUUUCUGCAGAAAGACUGAGGCUUGCAGAGUAAAGGUUUAGAGGAAAGUUGGCUGGACUUUCAUUAAAGCAGGAGAGAUUGUCAGAUGGUACUAAAGAAAGUGUGAAAACCUCAUGAGAUGGGUGGAUGAUAAGCUGAAAUUAUUGUUAUGGGUAAUAAGGGAAGUUGUGAAAACUUAACACUAACUUUGGGUUUUGUUUGGGGGGGGGGGGGUUUCCCUGUAAUAACUAUGAACUGAGACAUGAUUCUUUAUUGCUUUAAUACUCUGAAGCUCUCAGCUUGGUGAGGCCCCAAAAGAGAAUGGAUUGAAUGUAUUUCUGCUUCCAAACCUCUUUUAUUUUGGUUUGGUGAUGCAGAGGGCUUUUGAGUAGUCUAUUUUUAAUGUAUGUGAGAGCAAAUCAAGGAAAGCAAUUACCGGGGAAGCUAGGGUCGAGAUAAGAAAGAAGAUGCUAUUUUAGCUAAUGGAGCCUCUACUUUAAGUUUAGGAAAUGGACUUUGUUUAAACUAUAUUUAUAUAAUAAUUUAAAUAAAUAAGACUGGCGGUGUUUUUAGUAGUUCCAAAUUUAUAGCACAAAAGUGUAUUAGGUCUUGAAGAAGAGCUCACAGAGAAAACUACCAAAUAUCUAACAGUUAAGCAGCUACUAGUACAAUAAAAAUUUGAAGUAAAAUGAAAUGUGAUUCCUAAACUAGAUAUAUUUUUCUCCUCCUUUCAACCAUCUGGAGAUUUCUUGAGUUCCUCAUUUUUUGACAAAAAGAAAAGAAAAAAAGAAAAAGAAUGUGAAAACUUUUUUUUCCUGCUUACUGGUGGCUCUCUUGCAAUAUUUCAAUAGAAGGUGUCCAAUUACUAGUUAAGGCAUAGCUGUUGGAUCAUCCGUGGACUUUAUCUUCACAUUAUUUUUCUCUUAGUCCCUGGACCGUCACAAGCUGACUUCCCAAGUUUAAUUCCUUUAAUGCUUGAGAAGAAAGGAAUCAAAGGGCUAUUUUCAGUAAGUGAAAGAUAAAGUUAAAAUCAAAUUAAGAGAGAGAGAAUAGAUAUCACUGCCAGGCCUCAUAGGCAAAGCCUGCUUUUCCUUUUUACAGCACCUGUGAACAGUCAGACGCUUGUUCCUGAAACGCUGACCUCCCUGUAACUUCCUGCUAGGCUAAGUGAAAACCCCGCUCUGUUUCUCCCUGCCUGAGGCUUCCCGCAAUGGGACAUGGAGUGUGUCCUGCAACACUGUCACCAGAUAGUUCUUCCUACGAACCACAGACUUGUUUUGUAAACUUUUCUCAUGUCGAAUCAGAUCUGGUCACUGAUUUGAACGUUGGUUAUGAGCUUGUAUCUCACUGUAUUUCUUAUGCUUUGUUCUUUUACGCAAACCCUUACAAUUGUGUUGUUUUGUGUACACACGUGAGGUUUGGAAAAAAAAAAUCUUGUGAGUUUUUGCUCAAAAUGUGGCCUAAAUAUCCAUUGGCAUGU